UCCCGUUGCAUGCUGUGAUUUCCCCCGCAUAUCUCUGCUUGCCCUUGUUACAUUAGGUUAUACAAUGCAAUGUUAUCUCAUUUGGAAAAUAGAGAAAUAAAAUGACCGGUAGAAAGUUCAGGGCAGUGGUGGGUCUAACGAAGGUCCCAGAGCGCGAGCUCAUGGGUGAUAUUUUAUUGCGCGAGAGUACUGAACCAUCACUACCAGUGCACGUGAGUAUCGGCAAAUUUGUCCGGUUGGAAGACGGACACUACAUCGACACUGAAGACAGAGAUAAAUCUGUUAAAAGACGACAGCUUGCCAACGCAAAAGAGAGAUUGCGGGUAAGAAGCCUGAACAGCAUGUUCUCGUAUCUCCGGCGUAUCGUGCCGGUGAUGCCACAGGACCGAAAGCCCAGCAAAGUAGACAUGCUUAAAGCUGCAACUGAGUACAUUCGACUUCUGUCAGCCGUUCUCAAUCACACAUCGUCCAGUGGCAGUGGGAAUACUGAUGUUUUCCUAGAGACUGAAAUAAACUAUUCAAACAUAGAGACUGACUACUCUGAUCUAUGGACCAUGGAAGAUGCUCUGGAGUCAAUGUCAAAUCCCUUUCUGUCUGCGGAUGUGAGUGUGACUGCCCCACUGGUUACCACGGCGACCGGAUCAGAAGAUGAUGUGGAUCUCAACAACAUGAUGGUGCAGUGUGUCGUGCCAAUGUACAUUGUGCAGGUUGGCUCAGACCAAACUGUGGUAACAGGACAACUUUCCUCGUAGAAACUUGGUACAUUGAAUUAAGCUCUUAUUUCUUUUGUAUGUGCCUUUAAGAUGAAGCUGUAGCCUUCUGAUGCUUCUAUUUAAUAUUAUAGAAUAUUUGUCAGCUAUUAUGAACACUGAUGGUUGGCAGUUGAGCUGCACUAUAAAUAAUUUUUUGUCUAUACA